AUGAUAGUGGACCAUCAUAACUCAGGACCUCCAUCUGUCUCUAAAAUGGCUCUUCAGAGUUAUUUCAGUUGCUGGAAUGGAACAGUGAUCAAGUUGAGACGGGUGUGUGACUUCAUCAAAGAUUGUGCAGAUGGAGAAGAUGAAGGACAGAUAUGCAAAAACCUUCCUACUGGUUUCUAUUGCUCCUUUGAGGAUGGAGAGUGUGGCUGGACUCAAAGCUCAUCAACUUCAUCAAAGGCCCAACUAUGGCAUAUUGGGAAUCCAGAAUAUCAUCACUUUUGUUCACUGAAAGAAUGUGCCCUGUUGCUUAACACCAGUGAGAGUCCCAUUGCAGAGACAGUUAUGGUAACUAGUGCUGUAUUUCCAGCUCCAAUGAAGAAUUCUCCCUGUGAGCUUCAAAUAUCAUGGCUCCUCCAAGGCACAUUGCUUGGAGAUGUCUCCCUUGUCCUUGUUGAGAACAAGACUGGAAAAGAGCAGAGCAGAAAUCUCUGGCACUUGAAUGACCAGAAAGGAUCGGGAAUAUGGCAAAAGAUGAUCAGACCUCUCCCUGACGUUUUUGACAGAUUUUGGCUUCAGAUUAUUGCAUCCUGGAAAGCUGGAUCAGAAGCCAUCAUUGCCUUUGAUAAUGUGUCUCUCAGCCUGGACUGUUAUCUGACAAUCAAUGAAGAGAAGACAUAUCGACAUAGCAGACCAGAUUCAGGCAAUCUGCUCUAUGAAAGAGGUAGGGAAGAAGGACAUUUUGAAGAAAAUCCAACACAGUUUUCUGUUCCAGUUGGCUUUGGAGAUAAUUGGACGUUUAAUACCUGUGGUGCCAGUGGAUCACAAGGGCCUACUCAGACCCAGUGCAAUGAUAUCUAUAGGAGCACUAAUAUCAGCGUACUGGUAGGAACAGAGGAACAUUUUCCUGGUGUACAAAUAUGGAGAGUUCCUGCAGCCAAUAUAUACAGCAUCUCAGGCUAUGGAGCAGCUGGUGGCAAAGGGAAAAAUAGCAUGAUGAGAUCACAUGGUGUGAGUGUUGUGGGAAUAUUUCCGCUCGAGAAGAAUGAUACUUUAUACAUCUUGGUGGGACAACAAGGAGAAGAUGCUUGUCCCAGUAUCCAUCAUGCCGUACAGAAAGUCUGCCGUGGAGAGAAUAAUGUGGUUGAAGAUGAAAUUAAAGCAAAUGGAAGCAUCCAAGAAUGGGCAGGAGGAGGAGGUGGAGGAGGAGGUGCAACUUACAUAUUUAAGAUGGAAAACGGAAAGCCGGUGCCCUUGAUUGUUGCAGCAGGAGGAGGUGGCAGGGCCUACAGAGCCAAAGCCUAUGUAUUAGACCAUGAAAGGCUGGAGAAUGAUAUAUCUAUUCCGGGGUUCAAUGGGAAAUCUGGAGCCGCAGGUGGUGGAGGCGGCUGGAAUGAUAACACUUCCUUCCUCUGGUCGGGAAAAUCCUUGCUGGAAGGCGCUACCGGAGGAAAAUCCUGCCCCCAAGCCAUGAAGAAGUGGGGGUGGGAGACAAGAGGGGGUUUCGGAGGGGGUGGAGGGGGGUGCUCCUCAGGUGGAGGAGGCGGAGGAUAUAUAGGUGGCAAUGCAGCAGAACAAAAUGACCCAGAAAUGGAUGGGGAGGAUGGUGUAUCCUUUAUUAAUAGCCAGUAUGGUUCACUCUUUACUCCUGCGUUAAAAGUGACAGAGGGGCAUGGUGAAGUCAGCAUUAAGCUAUAUUUGAACUGCAGUCAUUGUGAUCAUGAUAUGUGCCAUGGAGAUUUGAAAACUCAGGAAAUUGUUUGCAUUUGUGGCUAUGGAUAUGUGUUGGCUAAUGACGGUGUUUCUUGCAUAGAUGAACUGAUCCUGCCCACCAAGAAUCCUCCUCUUUCUUUGGUCUUGUCAGUAGUGACUUCAGCUCUGGUUGCUGGUCUUAUUCUAGCCUUCUCAGGGAUUAUGAUAGUGUAUCGGCGGAAACACCAAGAGCUGCAAGCUGUGCAGAUGGAGUUACAGAGCCCUGAGUACAAGCUGAGCAAGCUGCGCACUUCCACAAUUAUGACAGACUAUAACCCCAAUUACUGCUUUGCAGGAAAAACUACUUCCAUUAGUGACCUCAAAGAGGUGCCCCGGAAAAAUAUUUCUUUGAUAAGGGGUCUAGGCCAUGGAGCUUUUGGGGAAGUAUAUGAAGGCCAGGUGAUUGGGAUCCCCACUGACCCCACUCCUCUUCAAGUGGCUGUAAAAACAUUGCCAGAGGUUUGCUCAGAGCAAGAUGAGUUGGAUUUCCUAAUGGAAGCUCUUAUAAUAAGCAAGUUCAAUCACCAGAAUAUUGUACGCUGCAUUGGAGUGAGCUUACAGGCUCUGCCUCGCUUUAUCUUGCUGGAGCUUAUGGCUGGAGGAGACUUGAAAUCUUUCCUGAGGGAGACACGGCCAAAGCCGACCCAUCCCUCCUCGCUAACCAUGCUGGAUUUGCUCCACGUAGCUCGUGACAUUGCUUGUGGUUGUCAGUAUUUGGAAGAAAAUCACUUCAUUCACAGAGACAUUGCUGCUCGAAAUUGCCUCCUUACAUGUAAAGGUCCUGGAAGAAUAGCUAAAAUUGGAGACUUUGGGAUGGCCAGGGACAUAUAUAGAGCCAGCUACUAUAGAAAAGGAGGGUGUGCAAUGCUGCCUGUCAAAUGGAUGCCACCUGAAGCCUUCAUGGAAGGGAUAUUCACGUCCAAAACAGAUACCUGGUCAUUUGGAGUGUUGCUGUGGGAAAUAUUCUCGCUUGGAUAUAUGCCCUAUCCCAGCAAAAGUAACCAGGAGGUCUUGGAAUUCGUCACAAAUGGGGGAAGGAUGGAUCCACCCAAAAACUGCCCUGGCCCUGUAUAUCGAAUAAUGACCCAAUGCUGGCAACACCAGCCAGAAGACAGGCCAGACUUUGCCAUUGUUCUGGAGAGGAUUGAAUAUUGCACCCAGGAUCCUGAUGUCAUCAAUACGGUUCUGCCUGUGGAGUAUGGUCCAUGCAUUGAAGAAGAAGAAAAGGUUCCUGUGCGUCCUGAAGAUCCUGAAGCAAUUCCUCCUCUGUUAGUGUUGCCGCAGCGAGAGAAAAGGGGUGCUGAGCAGCUCCUGCCUUCCCCAUCCUCUCUCCCUUUUGUCAUUCCAGCAGGAAAAGCUCUCAUGAAAGCAGCUCCUGUUGAGCCAAUUAGCCAGGCUAACAUCCAGGCCUCCCUAGAAGGGGGACAUGUCAACAUGGCGUACACUCAAUCAAUUCCUGCAACAGAGCUCCACAAAACCCGGGGGUCCAGAAAUAAGCCUACCAACCUCUGGAACCCAACAUAUGGCUCUUGGUUUUCAGAGAAGCCAGUUGUCAAAAAGACUUCUCAGCUGGAGAAAGAGGCAACAGAGCAGGAAGAUUCAAGGCAUGAAGGCAGCUGUACUUUGGGGCCCAGCAUAAUGGCUGGAAGGCUGCCAAGCUCUUCCCUUCUUCUAGAACCAUCUUCACUUACAGCCAGUGUUAAGGAAGUGCCUCUCUUCAGGCUCCGCCAUUUUCCUUGUGGCAAUGUUAACUAUGGAUACCAACAGCAAGGCCUUCCCUUGGAAACCUCAGCCCCACCUCUGUGCCCGCAGUUACGAGGACCUUCACCUUAG